UCACACUGAGUCAUUGUUCGUGACCGCGUGAGUGAGUGAGUGAGUGAGAGGGAACGGCACGUGCGGAGGCCUGAUCGGAGACCCUGAUGCUCCUCCUGCAGAAUCAUGGCAGCAGCAGACACAAAGCCCGGAGGAUCAGAGGAGUCCACCAUGAGGUCUGACGAGUCCACAAUGAGGUCUGAGGAGUCCAGGGUGAGGUCCGGGGGUCCCGUGCCCACAUGGGAGUCUGAGCUGGCGUCCAUCCGGCACUCUGUGAAGUUUGUGUUGGCGCUGAAGGAGGAGUUUGUUUGUCCCGUCUGCAGAGGAGUCGUCCUCAACCCCCAACAGAACUCCUGUGGACACAUCUACUGCUACAGCUGCCUGCAGGGCCUGCUAGAGAGCUCUUCACCCUCCAGCCCACUUUGUCCAGUAGAUGGCGCUGUGAUCACACCGGCUGAGGUUUUCCAGGACAACUGCUGCAAACGGGAAAUUUCCUGUUUAGAAGUGUACUGCACCAACUACCCAGAAUGCACCUCUGUCGUCACAUUACAGCACCUGCAGGAACACCUGAGCUCGUGUCAGUACCAGCAGCUGCAGUGCACCAAUCCAGGCUGCAGGGCGGAGCUACAGAGGAGACACCUGCAGGACCACCUGACCACCACCUGUCCACACCGCACAGAGCCCUGCCCACACUGCCAGCAGCCGCUCACACUCAGCCUCAUCCAGGAUCAUGUGCAGAGCUCCUGUCCACAGGUGGAGGUCCUCUGUCCCUACAGCUGCUCCCAGAAGGUUCCCAGACUCAAGCUGGAGGAGCACGAGGACUCGUGUCCGGAGGUUCACGUGGACUGUGUCUACAGGAGGUUCGGCUGCCCGGUUCAGGAUAAGAGAGGGAAGGUGAAGCUGCACGAAGACGCUGCUGUCAAUCAUCACAUGCUGCUGGUCCUGAGGAGUAACACACACCUGGAGCAACAGGUGGAGGCUCUCCAGGGUGAGGCGCUGGUGAGGCAGCAGGAGGUCCAGACCAACGGUCUCCUGCUCGCCGGUUUGCAGAAGAAAAUGGUGCCGCUGCUUCAGCAGAGCAGCAGCCACGAGAACGCCGUCUCUGCAGCUCAGAGGACUCUGAGCCGGCAGGAGGACCUCCUGUCCACCGUGCAGCUGGACAUCCAGCAGGUCUCCCGGGGACUGUGUUCGGGUCGAGAGGAGCUGGAGCAGCUCAGGAAGUCUCUGGAUGCUGUGAUCCAGGAAGUCUCAGCAACCGAGGCGCUCAAAGAACACCUGGGGACUCUGGAGGAGAAGCUGCAGCAUCACUCCAGUCUCCUGGAGCUCCACACCUCCCAGCUGAGCCGGAACGAGCAGCAGCUGCAGGAGCUCGGGUCCACGUCCUACGACGGGAAACUGAUCUGGAAGGUCGACGGCUUCAGGAGGAAGAAAGAGGCCGAGGUCAAAGGUCAGCCGCCUUGCCUCACCAGCGUGCCGUUCCACACCGGAAGCUGCGGCUACAAAAUGGCCGCCAGGGUGUAUCUGAACGGGGACGGAGAUGGGCGAGGGACCCAUCUGUCCCUGUAUGUGGUCCUGAUGCAGGGGGACUUUGACGCCUUGCUGCCCUGGCCUUUCAAACAGACCGUGUCCCUGUCCUUACUGGAUCAAAGCGGCGCCAGGAACCACCGCAGUCUCAACUUCAGACCGGACCCGGCGUCCAAAAGCUUCCUGCGACCCGCCGCGGAGUCUGUGAACGUGGCCUCUGGGUUUUCGUGCUUCAUCCCCCUCGCCACGCUGGAGAACCCCCAGAACGCCUCGUACGUGGACGACGACACGCUGUUUGUCAAAGUCAAGGUGGACAUGGCCGGCUUAGAGCAGCUGUGAGGACUGUCCCCUCAGGAUCGGGCGCCACGGCGACCUCUCAAAGAGACUCUUGAAAAGCCAGAGGACACGAGAGCUUCUGAGGACCAGCAAGGAGACCAUAAAGAAGCUGUGUGAGCAGAUCCAGAACAAGACAAGGAAACCAGGAACAAGAACCAGAGACAGAACGAGAGUGACCAACGUGACAAUCAAUCUUUAUUUAUAGAAUCCAACAAACGUUCUCCUCAGACUCCAAACAGAGCCG